AUCACCGUUAUAUACAACUACAAUCAUGUGGAUCAAUCAGUUGACGAGUUGACCUUUAGCCGUGCACAUCGCGCUCACAAUGUUGUUCGUAAUAUUACUCACGAUAUUAAUAGUACUGUGCUCAAUAGUGCUCCAUUUCAAGUUCACAAACAGCAAAUACUGGAAAAAGAAGAACAUUAUCCAGAUAAAAGAUUUGACAUUCACCUUUCUGUUCAACAAGCAAUCGAUGCCAGAACUAAUCAAAUCGAUUUACGAUAAACAUGAUGAACCGUAUAUUGGAACGACGUCGGCGACAAUACCAACGCUCAUUAUAAAGAACCUCGAUGAUAUUCAAGCAGUGUUAGCUGGUGACUUCCAAAGUUUCUACAGUCGAGGAAUAAUAACCAGUCCAAACGACGUGUUAGCUGAUAAUUUGUUAUUAAUGGACGACUUCAAAAAAUGGAAACUCAUACGACAAAAACUCACUCCAAUUUUCACUAGUGCGAAACUCAAAAACAUGUUUUACAUCAUAGAAAAAAGUGCCCGAGAUUUUGUUGAGUUGGUUGAAGAUAAUGUUCAUCUGCGAAAGAAACCGUUCAAACUUAUGACCAGAUACACUACAGCGUCUAUUAGUGCUGCAGUAUUUGGUAUAGAUACACAAGUAAAGAGUACCAUGGAAUCACCAUUCGUUGAAUUGGCAUUUAGAGCUUUACGACCAUCGUUUAUUCAAAAUGUAAUAGUUGUUAUUGCAAAUACUUUCCCUAGAUUGUACAAACUCUUGCAGUUGAAACUUUUUGGUGAACAUGAAGAAUUUUUUGUGGGUGCAGUGAAAACUGUUUUAGAAAGUAGGAGGCAUGAUACUACUAAAAGAUAUGAUUUUAUUGAGAUUUGCUUGGAACUACAGAAGAAUGGAAUAAUGCAGGACUUUUCAACUGGAUAUAAAUUGGAGCCGACCGACGAACUGAUGGCUGCUCAAGCAUUCUUCUUUUUUGUGGCUGGUGCAGACACCUCUGCUAACACAAUGCAUUAUUCUUUGUUAGAGCUGUCAAACAAUCCAAAAAUCUUGGCAAAACUACAUGAGGAAAUUGACAAAGUUUUCGAAGGCGGAGCUGGGGAACUAACUUAUAAUGACAUUGAUAAGUUACAAUAUUUAGAUCAGGUUAUAAAUGAAGCAAUGAGAAAGUAUCCUCCAGUAGGUGUCAUGCAAAGAUUGUGUACUAAAGAUACAGUUUUACCUUCUGGUAUACCCAUAGCAAAGGGUAACACAAUAAUGAUACCAGUGUUCGGUCUUCACAGAGACGAAAAAUACUUUGAUGACCCACACGUAUUUGAUCCGGAUAGAUUUUCACCAGAAAACGUAUCCAAAAUCAAGAAUUAUGCUUAUUUACCUUUUGGUGAAGGAAACCGCAUUUGUAUUGGUGUACGCUUCGCUCGCCUCCAAGUGAAAGCGGGUCUCGCCUGGCUGUUACGUCGUUUUACCUUAGUCGAACAGGACAAUUGCAUACCAGAAUUCGAGAAAAGUCCAUUUGGCCUCCGAAGUCCCGAUGCUCGUUAUGAAUUAAAGUUAAGAGACAUAUAAAUCUGAAUAACUACAAAUAAUUACAAAAUUGAAUGUCGCGUACACUUUUGCGUACAACUGCUACGUAACAUGAAGUUUUUGUACGCGCAAGAAAAUCCCCAUUGUUUACUUUUAUAUUUGUUGUUGUUAUUAAAAGAAUCGCCUAUCAUUACUUCGAUGAUAAUGUAGAGACAAAACA